AUGGGUGGUUCUAUGAUCUCUACUUCUCCCUUCAGUGCUUUCUUAGUAUCUGUCUUUCUCUUUUUCCUUCUGUUGCACCUUCCUCUUCUCUCAGCUGGACCACAUCAUGACUCAGAUUGUUCAGCUUUGCCCCAUUUCUGCGGAAACUUAAACAUUAGUUUUCCCUUCUUCAACGACACCAAAUUUCACUGGCACGGCAGAGGUGGAGUAGAACUCAUUCGUUGUAUAAAUGGAUCCACAUCGGUACUGAUCUAUACCGGGGUGGAGAAUGAUGAGAGUACAUAUGAGGUUCAAAGCAUCAAUUACACCACCAACACCAUAUUAGCUCGUGACCGGAAGUCCACUCGAGACUGGCUCUCCGACAAUGACAAAUGCAAUGCCCUCUUCAACAAUUAUACUAUGCCACCUAUUUUCCGUUAUCUCUCAGCUCAUGUGAUAAGCCCCAACCUUACACUAAGAGUAUGCAAGCGCUAUGACGUCCUUGGCGAGGACUGUACAGUUGAGGCAAUACCAGAUGCAGCAGAUGUACCUGCACCUGGACCUAGUUCUCAUCCCUCUACAUAUGACUGCAAACUGGUUCAUCUUCCCGUGGAUGUGCCACCUUCCACAUUCCAUGGGUUGGUUGAUCCUGUCUCGAAAUUGUUCACUGCUGGGUUUCGUGUUCAAUGGAACCUUCCCAAAAUAUGUCAUCAGUGUGAAAAGAAUGGAACAGUCUGCAGUAGAUUCCACGACCAGCAAGAUAAUUUGUCAUGUGUACCAAAGAAUGGUGAAUGGAAUCACGGAAAUGAAGAUCAGGCAUGGAAGAAGAAACAAAGAAAGACUAUUCGAAUAGGUAUUCUGGGAGGAGCUGCGGCGGGAAUCCUUUUUUCAAGCUUGUUUUUCUUUAUAAUCUACAAAUACCGGGUUGGACAUAAGCUUGGCCGAGUUCGUAGCUCCUACUUGAAGAUGGACCUAGAAAAGGGCAGCACCCACUUGGGAGUCCCCAUCUUCUCCUAUGCUGAGCUCGAAGAAGCCACCAAUAAUUUCAGUUCUGUUAAUGAACUCGGAGAUGGUGGCUUUGGUACUGUCUACCACGGCAAGCUUCGAGAUGGACGAGUUGUUGCAAUCAAGCGGCUUUACCAUAACAACAAGAAGCAUAUUCAGAGCUUCAUGAAUGAAAUUGAGAUCCUCACUCAUUUGCGCCACCAAAACCUAGUCACUCUUUAUGGGUGCACUUCAUACCGUAGCCGCGAACUCCUCCUUGUUUAUGAAUUCAUUCCGAACGGCACUGUUGCUGAUCAUCUCCAUGGUGAUAGAAGGCAGGUUGGAUCACUCCCAUGGCCUGUUCGCAUGAGCAUAGCCAUGGAGACUGCAUGUGCAUUGUCCUAUCUCCAUGUUUCUGAUAUCAUACACCGUGAUGUCAAAACAAGCAAUAUCCUCCUUGACAACCAUUUCCAUGUGAAAGUUGCAGACUUUGGGCUAUGUCGUCUAUUCCCUAUUGAUGCCACCCAUGUCUCCACUGCUCCUCAAGGGACUCCAGGCUAUGUCGAUCCAGAGUAUCAUCGAAGCUACCAACUUACAAACAAGAGUGAUGUUUAUAGCUUUGGGGUGGUCUUGAUUGAGCUCAUAUCAUCUAAGCCGGCUGUGGAUAUCACUAGGCAUCGAGAUGAGAUUAAUUUGGCAAACAUGGCAAUGAACAAGAUACAAAAUGGAGAUUUGCAAGAGUUGGUUGACCCAUACCUUGGGUUUGAAUCGGAUUGCACCACAAGAAGGAUGGUAACAUUGGUUGCAGAAUUAGCAUUUCGUUGUCUUCAACAUGAGAGAGAAUUGAGACCUUCGAUGGAAGAGGUAGUGGAAAUUUUUGUCGACAAUUGGGGUUGAACCAGAGUACAAAGUGGAUAACAUAGAAGUGAUGGACAUUCUUGCAAGUUCUAAUGUGGAGAUGCCCCAGAAUUCAUCACCACCACCAGCUUCACCCGAUUCUGGGAGUAUUGAUAAAUCAACUAGCAGGCCAACUGUGCCACGUACUAGUGGUUAAGUUUCAUUCUCAUCAUUUUGCUAGCUCCAGCUUCAGUUUUUU